AUGGGUCGGAAGUCUGGGAGCUUGUACAUAAACCCUAAGAAAUUCGGUGGCGGCACCCAACAGAAGGCCUGUAUGAAGGAGAUGACUGCGUUCCUGAAUUGCUUGGCCCUCAAUAAGAACAAUGACGAGAAGUGCUUGAAGCAAGUGGAGAUCUUAAAUUCCUGCGUCGAUGAACUGGUGAGGAAUUCUCUCACAUCUCUCCAGGAAAUUCGUGCUUGAGCUGUGCCUCGUGCUAGUGAAACUUAAACGAUUUCGAUUGACAUCACUUCUGCUCUUCUUGUGACGGUGCAUCGCAUUAUACUCAUCUUCGUCCUUUCUCGUGCAGAAAACGAAACCCAAAAAGCCAUGGGGGAGCAUCAAUUUCCAUCUGCAGCGGCUCAGCCGGCUCAAGUAG